AUGAAAUCAGCAGUCAAAUGGAUGACAUCAAACAGAACUAUCUGGAAACAUUUAUUUCCAAUCCAAAAUGGAGCUUCAUCUAGUGUCUGUCAUAAGUCUACAUAUUCUUCUCUUCCAGUGGACUACAACUGCAAGGUAGAGCUGGCUUUGACCUCCGACGGCAGGACAAUAGUGUGCUACCACCGUUCUGUGGACAUGCCCUACAAGCACACCAGACCUAUCCCUCAACCAGACAUUUUGCAUAAUAAUGAAGAAACAUAUGAACAAGUGCUGAAAACCAAAUUAGAAGAAAAAAGCAAACAACUUGAGCAAGGCCCCAUGAUAGAGCAGCUCAGCAAGGUGUUCUUCACCACAAAGCAUCGCUGGUACCCGCACGGACAGUAUCACAGGCACCGAAAGAAACCGGAUCCCCCCAAAGACAUGUGA